CCGACCCUUGUUCUUCCUCCACAGUCUACACUUCCAUUUUGAUUCCCUGAAAAUGGCUCCGACCACUUCUUCAACACGGCGGCUCACCCACCUCGCCGCCGUACCCUACCCUGGCAGAGGCCAUAUCAACGCCCUCAUGAACCUCUGCAAGCUCCUCUCUCUCAAAAAUUCCGGCGUUCUCAUCUCCUUCAUCGUCACCGACGAGUGGCGCACCUUCCUCGCCGCCGUUCCCAAACCCCAAAACAUCCAAUUCCUCACAUUCCCGAACGUCAUCCCCUCUGAGCUCGGCCGCGCCGACGACUUCCCCGGUUUCUUCCGAUCAGUCAACACCGUAAUGGAGGCUCCCGUUCAGAAUCUACUCACCCACCUCCACCCGCCGCCGGUGGUUAUCGUCGCCGAUUCCUUCCUUACGUGGGCGACCCGGUUGGGUAACCGCCUCAAUAUUCCGGUGGCUUCAUUCUGGCCCAUGUCGGUUACAGUUCUCUCCAUAUAUUACCAUUUCGACCUUUUGAAGGAAAACGGCCAUUUCCCAGCUGACCUCUCAGAGCGUGGUGGAGAGAUUGUCGAUUACAUUCCCGGAGUUUCCGAGACUCGUCUUUCCGAUCUUCCCACUUUCUUCUCCGGCGAUGGCCGGAAAGUCAUCGAUUUAACAUUGGAAGCGGCGCGUUCUAUUGACAAAGCCCAAUUUCUCAUCUCCACCUCUGUUUACGAGCUGGAAUCCUCUGUAAUCGAUGUUUUGAAACAGAAAUUUCCCUUCCCAGUUUACACGGUCGGGCCCUGUACACCAUAUUUCGAGCUUGGAACCUCGGCCCCAAACGGCGGCCGCGGCGGCACAAACAACUAUCUCCGGUGGCUAGACUCCCAAUCAGAAGGCUCUGUUCUGUACGUUUCGCAGGGGAGCUUUCUUUCAGUUUCGAGUGCCCAAAUGGACGAGAUCGUCGCUGGCGUGAAAGCCAGCGGAGUCCGGUUUUUAUGGGUGGCGCGUCGGGACGACGGUCGGUUGAAAGGCGUGGAUGAGGAAGCUGGGAUGGUGGUUGAAUGGUGCGAGCAAUUGAGGGUUCUGUGCCACAGCGCCGUCGGGGGGUUUUGGACUCACGGCGGAUGGAACUCGACUCUGGAAGGGGUUUUCGCCGGCGUUCCGAUGCUGACAUGGCCGAUAUUCUGCGACCAAGUUCCGAACAGUAAGAAGAUUGUGGAGGACUGGAAAAUUGGUGUCCGAUUUGAAGCAGUUGGGGGUAGGAAUUUGGUGACGAAAGUGGAGAUUGCAGAGUUUGUGAAGAGAUUUAUGAACUCAGAGAGCGUUGAAGGAAGGGAGAUGAGGAAAAAUGUGAUGAAAUUCCGAGAGAUUUGCCGGCGAGCGGCGGCGGAAGAUGGUUCUUCCGAUGCCAAUAUUGAUGCAUUUCUCAACCAGAUUUCCCUCUUUAUGAUUUAAUCUGAUUAUUUAUUUUGUGGCAAUUAUAAAUAAUAAUAAUAAUAAUAAUA